AUGGAGAACUGUGCAAUGUCGAAGUUUGCAUCCCCGUCGCCGAAAGUGGGGGUGGCAGUGUUUCUGUUGAAGGGAAAUAGCGUGCUUUUGGGGCGGCGCCGAUCCUCCAUUGGCCACAACACCUUUGCCCUUCCCGGUGGCCACCUCGAGUUCGGGGAAAGCUUCGAGCAAUGUGCAUCCAGAGAAGUGAAGGAGGAAACUGGCUUAGACAUAGAACAGGUUGAGCUCCUAACUGUCACCAAUAACGUAUUCUCACACGAAGCAAAACCAGUGCAUAUGGUUGUCAUCUUCAUGCGUGCGGUGUUGGCAGAUCCUGAUCAGGUGCCCCAACUUCUUGAGCCCGAAAAGUGUUAUGGUUGGGAUUGGUACAACUGGAACAACCUCCCAGAACCACUCUUCGGACCUUUUGAAACUAUGGUACGCAGUGGAUUUGAUCCCUUCCCUGCUCAUCAAAAACAAUGA